AUGGAAUCUAAAGUCAUUUUGUUGAUGCUGACUGCUCUGGGAGGCGCAAUCGCUUCACCAAAUUUCAUCGCAGAAACUGGCCACAAAGGUAGGUAUCUCAUCAUUCAAGAUUAGAAGGUAGGGAUGUACUCGGCGACUCACGAAAGCGUAACCGUUGCCCGUGGGCGGAGAUAGGAAAAUACGGACCAGCAGUGAAAAUAAGAUCGCUCUAACAUUUACGUAUUUAUCCGCAGUUCACAUACGUGAUUUUUAUAUAUUCACAGUCAUUUAUUCAUCACUUCACGGGUUUAAUUGGAACCAACAUAGUAAACAGCUCCCAGUUGGCUUGUUAGCUUAGUUGGUACAGCACUGCACCGGUAUCGUACACGUCAGGGGGUCACAUCUCGUACAGGCAUGAAUUUUUUUCAGGCCAUAUUUUCACUGCUGCUCAAGUUGUGUUCAUUACUGCGAAGAUCGCUUUCAUAUUCAAGACGUCUUAUGUCAGCAAAAAAUUCAACGUUUUAACCUGUGAAACUAAGAGGAGACCAGCUGUGUUUCCUCUAGAGACACAAAGCAUAAUUACAACUAUUCACCAAUGAAAAUAAUGUUUUGAGAGUGCGAUUAUACUUACUAAUUGCUUAGCAGAUGAGGGAAGUGCGAACGCGACUAAGAAGGGUGUUAUUUCCUUCGGACUGAUGGUUCUUCGCGUUACUAAAAAAAAUCCCCUUGAUUUCAAUGGUUAUGGCUGCUGGUGUGGAAUCGGUGGGGAAGGCAAACCCGUGGAUGAUUUGGACAGGUGAUCUAACAAAGCUUUCUUUAGAUCAGCAUUACUGAUUUUUCCUAGUACCCUACGUGAUGAUUACAUUGAAAAGUUGAGGAGAGAGAAAAACAUACUGUCUGUUACAGUACCCAAAGGAAUGGAAAUGGACCCUUGUAAUCUAUUAACCUAUCAUGCUCUAUCAUUUUAAAAGGAGUAUACGCUCAUAAAGUUGUCAGAAGAUGAUAAUGAAGCAUACUAUCCUGUUAGACAAGAACUGUUACCCCCCCCCAAAUGUAGACACCAAGAACAACAUUAAAAAGAUUAAAAAGUGGAUAAAUCUAUUUUCAGGUGUUGCCAAGUUCACGACAAAUGCUAUGACGACAUUAUACGGUCGAAGGUUUGCCCUUUCGAGAAAGGAGUUUAUGCUCUCCCCUACUCAACAAAACGGAAUCACCCUGCCGAAUGCGGUAAGUCAAAGAAAAUGACUUACGUAAUCCUGUGCAUAAAGGUACAAACGUCUGUUAUGUAGUUUAGCUGGUUUUAUUGUGUGCGUGCUUUUGCUUUUUUAUAGGUUAAUGUUCAGUUGUACUCAGUUUUCGUUUUCCAGUUUCUUUUUUUUUUUUCAGAUAAUUCGUUACCAUAUACCUGAACUUGCGAGCACAGAAAUUUCGUUAGCUGUGGCACAUAAGGGGAACUUGAAACAAUUAUUGGAAUAGUUCCUCAGUUGUAAAAAUGUUAACUAAAUUCUCUCAUUUUACUUCAGAACCUCCAUCCCAUUACUGGUUUUGGAAAAAGUGCCGCUUUCGCUUGUGCAAGUGCGAUGCAGCUGCCGCUAAAUGCUUUAAGAAGAGUCCCUAUGACGAGAAGUAUAGAAAAUACCCACAGAACAAGUGUAGGAACGACAAGCCUUCUAAAAGUGACGAAGAAACAAAACAACUGUUUUCGCUUUGAGUUUUUAAUUGUUUGUUAGAUGAAUAAAAGAGCAAAGAUCUCUUUUGGUAUAGUCUGGCUUCGUAGAAACUGCCGCAGAUACAUGUCGCCUACCGAUUAUUUCUGUUGAUUUGGUGAUGUCGUUUCGGAAAAAUAACCUAGCCGUAUAUUAUUUUAUACCUUUUCCAUCAAUGUGCUUUACCAAAUCAACAUAGAGUAACUGGCCCACAGAACACUGAACUAUCUUAAAUCCCGGUUUACUGCGUCAAACUCAAAGCCAGAGUUUCUGAAGAACUACUAACAUCAGAAGCAAAUAUCAGUUUUAUCUUCUUAGAAAAUGAUCCAGUGUGCAUGAUUGUGCGACUGAAUCAAUUUACCAGGUUCACUUCAUUGCUAGAAAUACACAAACCAUUCACGUAAAUAGUUUAUUUACAAUGUUUUCUUUUUCAACGUGUACGUGUCACAUUUAAGUAAACAUGUUCAUCCCAGUAAUUUUAAUUAUUACAUCCAUUUUGAAAUCACUGGUGGUCCCUGUAAUCUAAUUGGCACUAUUUAUUCACGAAUAGCAGCAUUUUUUGCUCUAAAUCGCAUCUUUUGUCCAGCCAAUGAUAAAGUUACACUUAAAACAAAACAACCAAUCCGAUUUCAAGGCUUGUUUAAAAGUAACCAAUAAAAUUGCAGAAAAAUGAAAGACAAAGAGUAUCAUGCAAAUUUUGCAACUUUUGUUUCUAUUUUUGCAACUUUUGUUUCUAAAACUCUUAUUUCACCCCCCCCCCCCCCCCCUCAAAAAUGGAUUAAUUUAAUACUUCCAGUUUUUGAAUGAUGACAAUGAGAUCCUUCAGGUUGAAGACCAACAUUCCAGGGAUUUUUUCACUUUUCGUGUACAUUUUGGUGAAUAUUUUGACGAUUUUCUACCUUCUCAAGAUCAAAAUCGGCGCGAUCCCGAGUCCACUGAGUCAGCAACAAAAGAAGAAAAUCAAGAGCCACCUAAAGAGUUGGAUGUUUCAAGAUUUCCUAUCAUUUCAAGCGAUGAAAUGAAUGAGCUUAAGUCUGUCGCUUCGAAUAGAAAUACGUCCCGCUCCACAAAACAAUGGAUGAAUGUUUUAAGAAGCUGGUGUCAAUGUCGCCAUCUUGAAUAUGUCUCCAUCGAAGCAAAGGUGCCUGAAGAACUUGACAAGGUCCUGAGUAAGUUUUACGCUGAAGUGAAAAAAAAGAAUGGAGAUGAUUACGCGCCAGAAUCUCUUAAAAUCAUGCUGAGUGCCAUUGAACGGUAUUUAAAGGAGAAGAACUAUCCAUUGAGCAUUGUGCGAUCGAGGGAGUUUCACUCCUCCCAAGAAAUCCUCAAUGCGAAAGCAAUUUCCCUGCGUCAACAAGGAAAGGGAAAGAGACUCAACAAAGCUCAGCCAAUCACACCUGAAGAAGGGUCAGCUCUGUGGGAAAAAGGUCAGUUGGGUGACUUUAAUGGAAAGGUCUUGAUCAAUGUCAACUUGAAAAAUUUGGCGGAACGACUGGAAUUGCGUGGUCGCCAAGAACCCUUCGACGCACACGUGGAAGACGUAAUCAUAAGGCAGCAACAAGAUGGAACUAAGGUUGUUGAGUUCCGGGAAGGUCCCACCAAAAAACGGAGCGGUGGUCUCACCAUCAGGCGAAGAACAACACCACAAGCAAUAUUCAGCACCGAUGGCGGAAAAAGUGUUCCAGCGCGGCUAUUCAAGCUUUGGUUGUCUAAACGACCCGAAGGAAUGAAGAACACAGGGCCUCUCUAUCUGAGCAUUAUAAAUCGUCCUAAAUCAGCAGAUGUUUGGUACGCCGAAGUUCGAAUGGGACAAAACACCAUCGGCAAUGUAAUGAAAUCCAUGGCCUCCUGUCUCCGGACGAAUAAGAGGCUGACGAACCACAGCAUGAAGAAAAUAUUGGUGUCAAAACUGAGGAAGCCUGGUCAACCGCACAGUGUCAUCUCUGAAAUAACUGGCCAUGCACGUGCCAUCUUCGUUAGACGACUACGAUGAAAUAGACGAGAAUCACAGGAAAGAACUGUCUUACAUUAUCAGUGGAUAUAAAGAUGUGUCAAAUGAAAAUCAAGUAAACAAAAUCUCCCGCCAAAACACUGCAAAUGAAGCCUCAAAUCAAGAGAUUGCAGUCCAACAUAAACGAACACCUCUGGUUCCUAUUUAAUACGUCCAACAACAAGGCCAAGUGCAUUAGGCCAUGGGCUCCAAUCCUGGUUUUCAGCCAGCUGAAUUUUCAGGAUUUUCACCACGUUUCCCAUUGCAGUCUCAGUACUGCAUAGAAGCCUUUAGUUGUACUGCUCCCGUUCCAUUGCAGAAUUACGUAGGCUGCAACUUCAAUUUCUUCUCCAAAGACAGCUAGAAUUCUCCACCCCAACCGUAGAAGAAACGAAGGGCUUACAUUAUUGAGUGAGAUGACGAGGAUUGAACCUUAACGCUUCACUCUUUUUCUGAGUUAUUAAGGACUUUUCGAAUUUCUUGAAUGAUUGUUUUUUUACUUUGAUACGCUUGACUGAGUUUUUGAGACAUGACGUCAAAGUCUUUCUGUUUUGCGUACAAAAUGAGAUGUAAAAGCGUUUCCGAUUCCGCUUUUUAUUUAAAAACCGGCUCAGUACUGCAUCAAUAAAAUAUUUGAAGUGACCAAGUUCUGCAUUUGGGCGAUGUCAAAAUGGAUGUAAAUUUAAUAACUAUCGAAAAAUCGACGAUUCCACUUCACAGAGAAAUUCACUUGCAUUAAUCACAACACGCACAUUUCCUACAAGUCUUCCUCCACAAGAAAGCAAGCAUGCAACACGCUAGAAAAUAAUGUCAUAACCCCUCUCAACCAAGCCUUAUCUAAUUGCCGUUCAGGCCUUUGUCGAAUAUCAGAGAAAUUCCCAUGCAUCUUCUGGAACGACCUCGUAAAGGGCUUCUACAUAACCUCCAACAGCUAACUGCUUGCACUCACGCCAAGUAAUGAAAUAUCAGCGCGUAUAUCCAGGGAAUUUUUUACGAUAAAAAAGUUGAGUGUUUCGGCAAGUUAGUAAUAAAGAAAGUUGUCAAAGGAAAAAAAUUACCAACGCACAUCCCUUAAUGGCUCUCUGACUCCUUUAUUUGAUACUUCUCACUACCACAAGCGAAUGACAUGCAUCUCCUCAUUUCAAUAUCAGUACAAUAUCCAGUGACGCCAGUUUGAUAUCCUCUUAGCCAAAAUUACCACCACAAAUGAAAUCGUUUGUUCGAAGAUUGGUUGCAUAUCACUUUUAUAUAAAGUUAUCAUGCAACAGUUCCUGGUUCAAAGUAAUAUAUCCCGAAGAGAGAACCACAUGGUAACAUAGGUGAUAUUUCUACACUGAUUAAGUUCGGGCUCUCAUGACUAAUAAGUUUCCAGCAACUUGCCCUUGAGCCUGACCCCCAAAAUACUACCCUGUUCACUUACAUUUACCUUUGUUGGUUUGCUUGCUGAUCUUUACCAGCAUUUAUUUAAGUAUGGUAGAAUUUCUUAGUUAAAAGCAGAUCUGAACCUUAUUGGACACGAACACCGGCAGUGCCGUGUCCAACUAUACAUUAAGGAGGUUCCAAGGUACCAUAAUAUCCGCAACCAACCAAAGCAGUGAAGAUACAGGCUACGGGGUUACGAUUUAUCGUCCUUAAACGACAACACAUCAAUGUCUAACAAUUUGCAAGUAAAUUGCAAAGGAAGCACAUUCUACUGCGUUUUUUUUUUACGACCUAAGUAUUGUUAAGGUUGGAGGAUCGAACCCUUAACCUCCCACAUAGCUAUACGACGCUCUAUCCAUGCACUAAAAUAUUCCUAAUGAAACCACACAAACAAAACAUUUUUUCCAGACUGAAAUAUUAAAAUAUUACGUUGCAGUGUCAUUACGAUAUCUAAAAUCCCUUUUCUGAUGUCAAUUGCUUUAGGAGUCGUUGCUUUGCCGAAUGCCAAGGCAUCUAAGGUUUGUAUGUGAUCACCUGAUUUAUGGGAAAAUCUCUUUAACUUAACUCUAUUCCCAUCUCAAAGUUAUUUUUAAUCUGUGUUUUUUAAAAGAUGAGGAAAGUGCAAAUGCGAUGAUGAUUUUGCGCGUUACUAAAAGAAAUCCCAUUGAUUUCCAUGGUUAUGGCUGCUGGUGUGGAAUUGGUGGGAAAGGCAAACCCGUGGAUGAUUUGGACAGGUGAUAAUAUACAGUUCUCUUUAUAUAAGCAAUACUCAUUGGUUUCAGUUUCUGGCGUUCGGCAAGUUGUUCUCGUUACUAUGGUAAAGGGAAAAACGUUUACUCUUUAGGGCUGUGAAGUGGGCUUAGGGCCCCAGACCUGCCGCUAAACAAAACCUGCUACUUGACAGACUCAAAAUCAAAUCCAUCAAGCUUUACCGUAUCAUUUGAAAUAUUUUUCAAUAAGAGUUUGAAAUAGGACGAAUUUAUUGAAAAUGCUUCAUUAUGUGAACUACAAUAACGCAGCCCCAUUGCCGGUUUAAAUUUGAAUUCUACAAAUUUACAUUGAAAGUCAAAAUUCGCGAUUUUAGGCCCUGAACACAUUCUUUCAAUUUUAAAAUUCCUCGUACUCAUAUUUGACAGCAUCUUCACUUGUCGGUCACACUACACGGCCGAAGACGAUGAAACGAGUGGGACCUAAAAUUGAUAAUAAGACUAAUCUUUUCAUGAUCCCUGUCCAGCUUCGUCUUAAGUACGCUUUCACUUUGUACAAGGCGAUGUUAAGCUGAAGACAUGAACAAAUCGCGAAAACAGCAAGUACAACAACACAAGGUUAUCUGCCAUCUUGGACAGAUGUUACGUUUAGGAUUGGAGCCGAUCCCAUCUGUAAAUUUCUUCGUCACCCUUUUCACUUGUCAGCCCUAAAACGGAGCGUUUUAAAAACGAUGCGUUGUCAAAAUGCUCCACUUUUAAAACUCUCCGUUUUCAUCAAAGUUUUCGGGUGUUUUAGAGUGGAUGACCGGUGAAAACGCACGAAAAAGUUUGCGUUUUCAAACGAAAACGCGGAAGUUUGGUAGAGGCCUUAAAGAAAGGUGCGAGCGCAAGACCUGUAUUGUCAAAAAGAGCCGGCGCAAGUUUCAGAAUAUUUGUUGGGCUAAACUGCUGAUGUCGCUAUGCAAUGACCUAUACAUUUACCUCCUCUAAAGCUAAAACACAGUCAUUCCAAAAUCAUCGUUUUGUAGCUUAGCGCGCGCCUGGAGUAUUAUGAGUUUUUUUCGUUUCUUCCUAGCUUGUAAUGCUUUUAAGUUUUUCAUAAGUUUUCUCUCUUGUUAGAAAUUUCUGUUUCUAAAAGAAGAAUUAGGCUGAUCCACAUCAUUGUCUUACAGAUUCACAAUGAACUCUGCGAUCAUUUUGCUGAUUUCCUCACUUUGAUUGGGCCGGCGUUCUUUGAGGGCUUUUGCCACAGGUACAUAUCACAGACCCAUUACUUCCGUGAGGGUUCUUAUACCACAUUCUAACAUAGUUUUACCAAUUAAAACCAACAACCACUAAGCUUUUAACCAAAUUCCAAAAACGCUCUUUUUCGGUUAUCUCAACUUCUGUUGGCCUUCUUUUGGAAGAAAAUAUUGCACACAACGGUAUUUUAGCAGAAACAACUACGGUUCCAUGCACUAAAUAUAUUAAUGCUUGAAGUGAAUGAAACGUUUCAGUACUGCUCAUGACACUCUUUAAGAUAUGCUUAUUAAUUUUCCACGAGAGAAAAAGGGGAAAGUGGAAUUGUCUCGUAAACCACACACCAAGCGUAUUGUGCCCCUAGAAGAAGGCGUGCCGGGCCCUAACAAAAAGCCUUUGUGUCACUAGUGUUAAAGCUUUGACGAGUCCCUAGAAGUAAUAACACGGAAAUGCAUCAUGAGCUACAGUCUUUGUAGGAGGUAUCCAUCAGAUCAACUUCAAUUUGUAAAAACUUAAACCUAUGUGGUCGCGACUAAAAAGUAUCAAUAUAGGUCAAUUAUCUCGGACGUUAUGACGAUCUGUUCCCUACCAACAAGACAUGUCAUUCUUUUUUGUGUAGGAUAACAGAACGUUCCUUAAAGUGUUCGUCAUAAAUUUGACAUCAAUAAUAAAAUGCUUAUCGGUGGCAUGGGUCGUCAUCAUCUCUGUCGUCGUAAUAUCGUCUUCAUCAGUCAUAAUUAUUGUCCUCUCCGUCUUUAUCGGUGUUAGGUUUCUCUUUUCACAUAAUGAGUUAUCAGCACGGUGUAGAUCAUCUCAAAAAAUUGAAUAGUGUCCCCGAAUGGCGAACAGAUAAAUAGCCAAUGAAGGUCAACAGGUAAAACCAACCCUUAAUGUCACAUUAUGGCAGUUGAAAAUAGUCAUAGUGUGUGGAUUUAGAGGACUUGGGAAAUUGACCAAUUGGUGUUAAGCGACUUUUUUUACUAGUUAAUAAAUUAAACGUGGGAACAAAUAAACUUUUUCCAUUAUUUGAAGGCGUACACUCGCUACGAAAGAGUUGGUACGAUUGCUUGUCUCUUCACUCGACUUUGAUUGCAUUAUGAUCUUAUUUGAUUUUUCUUUUUAUUAGGUUUGUUUUAACUCAGUUAUGUUCAUCAAGAGCUUAUUUAUUUCAUAGGUUCUCUGCGACACAGAACAAAUCAGACGACAGAAUAAUCUAAAACACUUUACCUCGAGAAUCUAUACUUUUCCUUUCCAAUUUUACAAGAGGUAAGAAAUAUUACUAAGUUUCAGCUAAUUUACCUACAAUUUCGUCUUACUAUUCCAAGCCUUCUAGAGUAAAUAAUUCGAGAAAUAUUGGGGCGAAAUGAAAGCGAUGUCCGGCACGACAAGGAAGAGGGGACGUCUGAGGUAAGCUCAGAAAACUGAAGCUUUCCAAGAAUCCGAUGGUGUAAUUGAAAUCAUUUUCAUGUUUCACCGUACUGUAAAAAAGGUCUACCCAACCUGUAACUGCUGUCGGGCUAAGUAUUAUCUAAAAUUAGAUCUUAGUGAUAUUUUCGGAUCAUAUUUCUGAACCCUAUGCUUUGUAACAGUAUAGCGUUGUUGUGUUGCGAAUCGAACGUUUUUAAAGUCGUCACUAUUCUGCCAAUUUCACUGCGUCAAGUUCCAACUUUUCUUAGGCGUACGGAGAGGACGAUCGUUUGACGCUAUCGAACACCGCUAACGGAAUAAAUCAUAUUGGAUUGUACGUUCGUUAAUUAAUAUGUUGAUAUCAGUUCAACGACCCUCGAACCUUUGCGACGUCUAGAGUUUAGUUACACAACCGUGAACUCGAAGUCUGGGAAUACCAAAGAAUCAGAUUAAGAUUACAAAUGAAAUUAAAGUAUUCCCGUCAAGCAGUUUUGGAAUUUGCCAAUUUGGCUACCAAGUGUAGAUGUAUAAAUAAUAAAUGUAUUCUGUGAGACCAUUUCCUUCUCUCACAAAUGUCUCUUGGUCAAAAAUAUCGCCUCGUUAAACACAGCAGGGAUACACAGUAGGGAUACACAGGUGCCAGCUUUCUUCAGGGAAGAUAAGUUGCAUGGUUAUUUCUGUUAGCUUUUUCAUUUUGCUUUCUCUUUUGUUCUCCGUUGAAUUUUUAUCUGCGAAAUAGUUAAAAGCAAGUCGGUAUUGAGGAAUAUCUUCAUCAAUUCCACGUUUUGUUUUGUGACACACAGAAAUGACAUUAACCGCAGCGCAAAGUAAGCUUUGUUUUCGAGCGAUAAAAACAAUGUUACAGGGACGCAUGCAGUGACCGAGGAAAAUGUCAUUUUUAACACAUUUUUGCUACAAGCACAGCCCUGGCCCACGGCCUUAGCUUUCAAGCGACCUAAGGUGCAUUUACGGGCGAAAAUGUUCAAAUAAAGAUCACUGUUUUUCUUUUUAGCGAAAGGGAAACGUUUAAUAUCAUGUACAUGUACUUCAAUUCGGCUUCGAUUUGUUGUCGGAGUUUACGAUAAACAUGGAUUAGCCUGUAUCUCUCCGAGGAAUGGUAUGGGUAAUGGCGUAGGAAACAUUUGUUGCCGAACGAUGAAAAUUUUCAAACCUCUACAUUUGUAGCUUGGAUUUCGAGAUUGGAGAGAGUCAAAAGGGCAGUUACUGAAUGAUAGGUGCUAGUUUGAUUCCUUAUGAAAUUCUCUAACAUUUUGCCACUGUUUUCGUAGUUCCUUCCAUUCUAAACAAAAACCAAUCUUCAAGUUCAACUAACCGGAAUCGGUGCGGAGAUGCAGGUUUUUCCAUUUUUGCCCGUGUACAUAUACAUGGACUAAAACGUUCCCUCUCCAGCAAAAUUGAAUUAUUGAAUAAUUCGAAGAUUGCUUGGAACUAGAAUGAUUGAAAAAACUCGUUCUCCAUUCAUCCAACUGUUCAUCCACUCGUCCAUCCAAUGUGCAUCGUAGGCAACGGUGAUUGUUAUUUUGAUAUUUCGACCGCGAAGUGGAGUCGCGCAAAAAGCCAAUAUCAAACAAAUAAAAAAACAAUCUUCAAUCUUCUAGUUAAUCGGAAAAAAGACGUUUUGAGAAAUCUAGAAAAAAAAAAAGAGCGAACGGGAAAGGGCGAAAAAAGAUUGCUGAAGCCUCAGAUUUCGGCGAUAAAUUGAUUCGCUUAGAUAUGAUUGUUUCAUAUAAACCAAACAUAAGUGUUGCCGUCGACUAAUCCAUACUAUUAGGUUUACAGAUUCACGAUGGAAUCUAAGGUCAUUUUCCUGAUGCUGAUUGCUCUGGGAGGUGCAAUCGCCUCACCAAAAUUCGUUUCAGAAUCUGGCCACACAGGUAGGUAUCUCAUCAAUCAAGAUCAGAUCUAAAGUUAUCAUGUUCUUUAGUUAAUAAACUAUAAGGUUACAUAGCUUACGCCCAAAUUUAGAGUUGCAGUCGUGAUAGCCAGAUACUGUUUUGGACACACUCAGUCAUGCACCAUGUCGGUAAUCCGUCUGAUUAUUUUAGUUUCUUACUUAAGGAGGCUCCAUAGGGUUUUUGCUCAAUGACGGUAGGGAUGUACUUGGCAACUCACGAAAGCGUUACCGUUGCCCGUGGGCAGAGAUGGGAAAGUACGGACUGCGUAAAGAACCAAUCAGAUUGUAGGAUUCGUUACCGUGCCCUUUGAGAAAAAAUAAAUGAAAUUCUGAUAUGUGAACUGCGGAUGAAGACGUGAAUAUGAAAGCGAUAUUCGCAGUAAUGAACACUACUCGAGCAGUAGUGAAAAUAAGAUCGCUUUCACAUUUACUUCUUUAUCCGCAGUUCACAUACUUGAUUUUCAUAUAAUCACAGUCAUUUAUUCAUCACUUCACGGGUUUAUUUGGAACCAACAUAGAAACCAGCGUCCAGUUGGCUUGUUAGCUCAGUUGGUAGAGCACUGCACCGGUAUCGCAAAGGUCAGGGGUUCAAAUCUUGUACAGGCCUGAAUCUUUUUCGGGCCUUAUUUUUACUACUGCUCAAGUAGUGUUCAUUACCGCGCAGAUCGCUUUCAUGUUUAAGACGUCUUAUGUAAAAAAAAAAUUCAACGUUUUAGCCUGUGAAGCCAAGAGUAGACCAGCUGUCUUUCCUCUAGAGACACAAAGCAUAAUUGCAACUAAUUACCCCUGAAAAAAAUGUUUUGAAGAGUGAGAUUAUACUUGCUAAUUGCUUAGCAGAUGAGGGAAGCGCGAGCGCGAGCGCGACUAAGAAGGGUGUUAUCACCUUCGGCCUGAUGGUUUUUCGCGUUACUGGAGGAGAUCCCACCCGUUUCAAUGGUUAUGGCUGCUGGUGUGGAAUUGGUGGGGAAGGCAAACCCGUGGAUGACUUGGACAGGUGAUCUAACAAAGUUUUCUUUAGAUCAGCUUUACUGAUUUUCCUAGUACCCUGAGUGAUGAUUAAAUUAAAAAGUUGAAGAGAGAGAAAAACAUACUGAUCGUUCCAUUUUUUACACCACAGGAUUACAUCCAAUUAAUGUUCAAAUUACUUCAUUUAAAUAUUUCGGUGAAAUAGUAGAAAAAACCGAAAAGGAAUGGAAAUGGACCCUUGGAAUCUGUUAACCUAUCAUUCUCUACCAUUUUAGAAGGAGUACAUGCUUAUAAAGUUGUCAGAAGAUGAUAAUGAGGCAUACUUUCCUGCUAGCCAAGCGCUGAUACCCCCUUUCCCCCCCCCCACCGAUUAAUAGAUUCCAAGAACAACACUAAAAAGAUCAAAAAGUGGAUAAAUCUUUUGUCAGGUGCUGCCAAGUUCACGACAAAUGCUAUGACGACAUUGUACGGUCGAAGGUUUGCCCUUUCGAGAAAGCAGUUUAUGCUCUCCCCUACUCAACAAAACCGAAACACCCUGCCGAAUGCGGUAAGUCAAAGAAAAUCCUGUGCAUAAAGGUAAAAAAGUCUUUUUUAUGUAGUUUAGCUGGGUUUUGUGUGUGUGCUUUUACUUUUUUAUAGGUUAAUGUUCAGUUGUACUCAGUUUUCGUUUUCUAGUUUCCUUUUUUAGAGAUAAUUCGUUACCAUAUACCUGAACUUACGAGCACAUUUCAGAAAUUUCGUUAGCUGUGGUACAAUAGGGGAACUUGAAACAGUUAUUGGCAUGGGUCCUCUGUUGUAAAAUUUCUGGAAGAAGUUCUCUAAAAAUAGUAGACAACAGUAUUUUAACAUAAAUUCAUUUUACUUCAGAACCUGCAUCUCAUUACUGGUUGAAUGGAGAAUGCCGCUUUCGCUUGUGCGAGUGCGAUGCAGCUGCCGCUAAAUGCUUUAAGAAGAAUCACUUUAACAAGAAGUAUAAAAAUUACCCACAGGACAAAUGCAAGAAUGACAAGCCUUCUAAAAGUGAUGAAGAAACAACACAACCGUUGUUUUUUAUUUGAGUUUGUAAUUGUUUGUUAGAUGAAUAAAAGAGC